AUGAUCCCUUACCAAAUGGGCGUUAACUUCCUGGAGUCACAAGCUGGUAAAACCGGAUUCGGUAUGCCUAGACAGAUAUAUACUGCGUUUGUCGAUGACACUCAUGAAGACCUUCCCGCUGAUAUGGCACGCAGGCCAGAAGUCCCAUUCUGGAGUGGACAAGAUGAAGCUAGGCACGCAAACCAGACCGGAAUGGGAGCGUUUGGAACGCCUCGUGACGUCCGAGGUGAAUAUGUUCGACGCAUGUGGUAA